AUGACCUCUUCGGAAUGUUUUCUAAACUCACAGUCUCCUUGGAACAUAUCUCCUCCACCGAAAGCCCCAAGUCGCACAUUACAAUCGAAUCGCGUAUACGGCAGACGAAAGUUAGCAUCAGCAAAAGCGGUACUGGAAAAGGAGGAUUCAGCAUCCAAGAAGGUGAAAAAUCAAGGAAUCAUGGAGAAAACAACGGAUAAACUAGUUGAUGAUUUGAGAGAAACCCUGGCUGCCAUCAAUCUCGAGGACGCGUGCUCAAAAUCGACAGCCUACCCCGAAGUGAAAGUAGUGAUCAAGCAGCGGAAAUCGCAAGCAAAACAAAACUCGGAGGAGGACGGACGCCCUAAAUCGAGCCCAUCAAGUAAUAUCGCUAGAAAAUCUUCGCCAGAAUCGCCAAUGAAGCCACUUGUGAAAGCGUGCAGACCAGUCAGGACAAGGCAAAAGCGAAAACAGAAAUCGCCUCUGAAGGCCCCAUCGAUACCAUUGGAAGAUGUUAUAAACGAUUAUGCUAGGCCAAUAUUAAGAGAGGCAAUAGCUUCCAAGACCGUGCAAGACUUUAAUUCUUGGGCAGAUCGUGCGGCAGAGAUGUUUGACGUCGAGAAGAUUGCAGAAGGUUCUUACGGUGAGGUAUAUCAACUACACGUUCGACGAGAGAAUGCCAAGCGGGACAUUUCAAAACUCAAGAUAGAGAAGUUAAAAGAAUAUGAUAACGGUGUGUUCAAAAUUGUUCCUCUUCGUGCACGAACCGGCCCUGGCUCGAAGAAAUUCACCUCAAUACCUGAAGUCGUAGCCGAAGUGCAAAUGUUAAAAUUGCUAGACGCAAUCCCAGGAUUUGCGAGGUACCGAGAUGUUCAUGUUGUUCAAGGCCGGUUUCCAGCUUCUUACCAAGCCGCUUGGACUCGGUAUAGCCAAACAAGGGAUGACUGCUAUAACCCAGAUCCAAGCAAAAAGAAAUCAUAUCCAGAUACUCAGCUAUGGGCAAUUCUUGAAAUGGAUAAUGCUGGUUCUGAGCUAGAGAAGUUUGAUUGCUCUUCUAUUUUUCAGAUAUAUGAUAUAUUCUGGGGCGUUGCGCUUGCGCUGGCUCGAGCGGAGCAAUUUGCUGCUUUCGAGCAUCGUGAUCUUCAUCUUGGAAAUAUUUGUAUUAAGUCAGCAAAAGAAGAAUUGCCGAAUAGACCAAUAGCAAAAAAUAGCACCGGCUUCGGACUUAGUGGUCUUGAGUCAACAAUAAUUGACUAUUCUCUUUCGCGAGCCGAUAUUCUGCUUGGUGGGACUUCAAAUGAUUGCAAUGUCGCCUGGUCUGACCUUGACAAGAAACAACUUUUUGACGCUAUUGGCAGGGACGACGAUGAGAGGCUCCUUCGAGAUACAUACAGAUUAAUGCGGGCGGAAGUAUAUGAGAAUCGGGACUCGGCUAAAUCUCAAGGCGAGCCAUGGAAAGGGUUUAACCCAAGAACCAAUUUAAUAUGGCUGUCGUUCCUUUUGACUAUGCUACUUACCAAAGGUCAGGCCAGAGGUAUUCUCCCAGCAUCUCGACAAGCAUUAACCCCUCGGUGCGUGAAUAACACCACCAUUUACAAUUCGAAACUACGUGGAAAGGAGGCUGCCAAAUCUAAAGCUACGCCGAAGUAUGAAUUACUUGAGCUAGAUUUUCAGCGUGAAUUACUUGACAGGUUACAGACAGUUCUGGAUAUUUUAGAGCCGGAAAAUCUAGAGGAAGAAGGGGAGCUGUUGCAUUGCACAGGGAGUUUAGUGGCCUUUGCCAUUGGAUCACAAUGGUUAGCAGAGUCCGAUUUUUUAUGUUGA